CCACACAAAGGCACACACUACAGUGUGAGAAAUUAAUUUUGCUCCAAAAACCCAAGCAUGACGCUGGGCAAGCGCGACCGGCCGGCUUUAAGGAGGGCGGCGAGCACGACAGGGGUCACGUUCGACGUCGGGAUCCCAGAGGCGACGGUGAUGCCCGGAGGGGAGUUUGACAACGGCUACUAUCGGUUGCUGUCGCCGAGAUACAUCGGGAAGAACUUCUCCGGCGGCGGGGAGCAUGCCGAGGCGGCUGAUUUUUUGAGGAGCUGCGGUCUGUGCCACCGCCUGCUGGGCCCCGGCCGUGAUAUCUACAUGUAUCGUGGUGAUACCGCAUUUUGUAGCCAAGAGUGUAGAGAGCAACAAAUGAAGCAAGACGAAAGAAAAGAGAGGCGUGCAGGCAUGGCCAAAGAAGAAGAAACCCAGUCGCCGGAAGUGGCAGCUGCCGCCACCAGAGCCAAAACAAUGGCGGCAGCCUGACCUAAAAGACAUUAGCCAGCAUCUAUUAUGUUUUCACGGGCAUAUGUGUAUAUAUGCUUUGUAAUGAACCUAACAUUAGUGUACAUAUUGUGUAUAUGCAGGGUAAGAAGUGGAUUUUGUAGUGGUUUGAUGCUAGAGUGCUAAUUAUAACUUAAAACAAAAUAGUUUUUGUGUAAUAUUAUGGUGCUAGAGUGGUAUGCAUAAUAUGACUGUGGCUGCAAAAGUAUAAUGAUGUGGGAUUAUGAACUAAUUUCAAGAUAAUUGGUGGCUUGUUUGUAUCUGUACAAUGAAUUUGUAAUGCAUUUUGGCUAAUUUUGAGGUAAGAUGUGUUUGAGUUUUGAUGGAUCAUUUCACUGGGUUGAUCUAGGCACACGA